GUGCUGUGCCCGCAGGAGAUGCUGCAGGACAAGGGCCUGUCGGAGAGCGAGGAGGCCUUCCGGGCCCCGGGCCCAGCGCUCGGGGAGGCGAACGCCGCCAAUGCCCCUGAGCCCGCGCUGGCCGCGCCGGACCUUGGCGGGGCCGCGCUCGGCAGCUCCCCGGGCCCCGGAGCCGGAGCCGACGCCGCCUCCGCCGCUGAGCAGACCAUCGAGAACAUCAAGGUGGGCCUGCACGAGAAGGAGCUCUGGAAGAAGUUCCACGAGGCGGGCACGGAGAUGAUCAUCACCAAGGCGGGCAGGAGGAUGUUCCCCAGCUACAAGGUCAAAGUCACGGGCAUGAACCCCAAGACCAAGUAUAUCCUGCUGAUUGACAUCGUCCCUGCGGAUGACCACCGCUACAAGUUCUGUGACAACAAAUGGAUGGUGGCCGGGAAGGCUGAGCCCGCCAUGCCAGGACGGCUCUACGUCCACCCGGACUCUCCCGCCACGGGGGCCCACUGGAUGCGGCAGCUGGUCUCCUUCCAGAAGCUGAAGCUGACAAACAACCACCUGGACCCCUUCGGCCAUAUCAUCCUCAACUCCAUGCACAAGUACCAGCCACGGCUACACAUUGUGAAGGCUGAUGAGAACAAUGCCUUUGGCUCUAAAAACACAGCCUUCUGCACCCACGUGUUUCCAGAGACCUCCUUCAUCUCCGUGACCUCCUACCAGAACCACAAGAUCACACAACUGAAAAUUGAGAACAACCCUUUCGCCAAGGGAUUCCGGGGCAGUGAUGACAGUGACCUGCGUGUGGCCCGGCUGCAGAGCAAAGAAUAUCCCGUGAUCUCCAAAAGCAUCAUGAGGCAGAGGCUCGUGUCCACGCAGCUCUCGGCCAAGCCGGACGUCAGCCCCCUGCACGGCCCCCACCAGGCGCUCCAGCACUACCAGUACGAGAACGGGGCUCACAUGCAGUUCGCUGCGGAGCCACAGGACCUCCCCCUGAACGCCUUCCCGGCCCAGCGGGACUCCAGCCUCUUCUAUCACUGCCUGAAAAGACGAGACAGUGCCCGCCACCUGGACUUACCCUGCAAGCGCCCCUAUCUGGACGCUCCCUCUGCCGUGGGGGAGGAUCAUUACUUCCGCUCCCCCCCUCCCUAUGACCAGCAGAUGCUGAGCCCUUCCUACUGCAGUGAGGUGACCCCCAGGGAAGCCUGUAUGUACUCGGGUUCAGGGCCCGAGAUUGCCGGGGUGUCCGGGGUGGACGACUUGCCCCCGCCCCCGCUGAGCUGUAACAUGUGGACGUCAGUGUCACCGUACACGAGCUACAGCGUUCAGACAAUGGAGACUGUGCCUUACCAGUCCUUCCCCACGCACUUCACCGCCACCACGAUGAUGCCUCGGCUGCCCACGAUCUCUGCCCAGAGCUCCCAGCCACCGGGAAACACCCACUUCAGUGUCUACAACCAGCUCUCCCAGUCUCAGGGCCGGGAGCGGGGGCCCAGCGCCACCUUCCCGAGGGAGCGGGGCCUCCCGGCCGUGUGCGAGAGGAAGCCGCCCUCGCCGCACCUCAACGCUGCCAACGAGUUCCUGUACUCCCAGAGCUUCUCGCUGUCCCGGGAAGCCUCCCUGCAGUACCAUUCGGGAAUGGGGACUGUGGAGAACUGGACCGACGGGUGACCCCCAGGUCUCCUCCACAGCCCAGGCCCGUGCUGAUCCAUGGCGAGCUCUGUGGGUGGCCUGCACCACCAAGAAACACAGGAAGGUACUAAAGGGUGGGGUGUGCGCGUGUGUGCCCACGUGUCUGGAGAGCCUCUGUCUUCUGCCACACAACUGAGGCCACGACAAGGAGAAACCACAACUGUCUGAGACGUGAUUUUGGCUGCAGGACCUGGGUCCGUUGUGAUCUGACAUCUCCUGAACAUGCCCGUGGGUGGGAUGGAAGUGGGGAGUUCAUGUGAGUUAUUUAGAUAUUUUAUAAUAUAAUAUUUGAUUUACUCAGGGCCGGGUGGUGAGGUCUCUCCCACAGGGAACGUGGCGGGAGGAGGCUCGUCGCGGGGGUGGGAGGGCUCCGCACACCCGAGAGCUCCUGGCCUUCUCUGCAAGGGG